AUGGUUCAGACCCCCAGGAAGAGCCAUGCUUCUUCAGAUGCUCCAGGAAACUUCACUCCACAAACUGAAACAGCAGCUACAGGAAGAAGUGACUCUUCAAGGAGGACAGCUGUCGCCAUUUCCCCUGUUGGGCCUGAGAGAGCAGCCGCUCUGACUUCCCAGAGCAGCACCUUAGCCUUGGGAAGGCAUCGCCCGCCGUCCAGCAGUUCAGGGUCAGAAGGAAGAACCGCCCCUCCUCACACGGAAAGCGGAACAUCCUGGGGUUCCCCGGCAAGGGGGCAGGGGCUCCCUGAAGAAGUGACUGUGCACACCCAAGUGGCUGCCACUUCAGUCUUGACCCAGUCUUCUCUUCCUGCUGCGGAGGUGGGAGAAAUGACCACACUCCCCAGGCAGAGAAAUUCCUCAGGACCAGAGCUCUCCUGGCUGCCUCUUUCCGGGACACUGGCUCACUUCCCUCCCUCAGACCAGUCCGCAUCUUCUGGAAGUACGGAGGAUUUAAACAACUCCACUGCUGUCCACAGCCCCUCGGUCAGUGGGACAAAGAGUGUCCACGUUGCUACCAUGUUCCCCGACGGUGUCCUAAAGAUGCUCCAGUCUUUAGCCAUCAGUCCAGGACCUCUAAAUGAGAAAGAGCGUUUCCCUGAGGACUCCGAAAUGACCACAACUUCAGCAUCGGUCCAUUCUUCACCCUCUGAUGCAGGGUGGAGAAGAAACAGUGGAGUAAUCAGGAGCCCAGGGGAUGGGGAAGUCACUAAGCCAUCCACAGAAAAUGGAGUUGGCCUUACGUCCUCCAAGGUCUCAUGGGAAUUUUGGCAAAAUGAUUCCCCAACCUCCAGAGGACACCAACUCGCCAGCAGCUCUGGUGCGGGGAGUGGCAGCUCCGUGUCUCAGACAGCGACUGUGUCUCGGUCAGUCCCGCGGGCAAGAGGUGGAGAGAGCACUGCUCGCUGGGUCUUGACCGACAGCGAGCCGUUCGCAGAUGCGACCGGAAGCUCCACUUCCCAUCCUGAGGUUGUGAACGCUUCGGUUUCGACGCGGUUUUCAGCCUCCGCCCCGCAGUCUCGAGGAAGUGACCCAGCGCCUGGUGAGAGGAGCUAUUCCGAACCGGCCACCGAGUCCUUGUCUUCAUCCUCCUCAGAAAGCCUGGGCUCCUCGGCACCACGCGGGGAGCGCUCCACCACCGAAGACAGUCCUGAGAUGGCCGUCAGUUCCGAAGUGGAGGAGGGAGCGCCCGCAGCCCGCGCUCACAGCCCGAGCACCUGGGCUACUUUCACCGGAGUCGGAGAGCGCACGCUGCGAUCACUCACCAACGGCAGCACGACUCCUGGGGAUGUGGAGCGCUCAGUGGCGACGCCCAGAGACGCGGAGCGCCCCACUCAGCUGGGGAACGUGACGGCGACCUGGGAUGCCCACGCGGUCUCGGGUUCACUGGCAGCCUCGCGAGUGCUCGGAGUCACUGGAAUGAGCUACGACGCAGUGAGUGGCACACACCCUGAACACGGGACGUCCAGUGACUACACAGACCACACCUACGUUUCAGCUCCUUUCACCAAAGGGGAGCGGGCACUGCUGUCCAUUGCAGACCACAGUUCAUCCUUGGACGUAAGGGAGAGUUCCACCUCUUCUGUUAAGAUCUCAAGCUCUUUGCAGUCAGACUCUUCUUCCUCUUCUCGGGCUCAGGCAGAGAGAAGCAACGUCUCCUCCCGCGAUGGGGAAUCCUCUCAGUCUUCCACUGACGCGCUCUUUCUGCGCACGGCCAGCCCUCCAUCCCGCACACCCACCGUUAAUAUGCCGACCACUCUGGUUCUUCUGGACACCGAUGCUGAAUCCGCUGGCGAUACACCAUCGUCUUCUUCGUCAGGGCCCCCCUUGCCCCAGCCCUCAGUGUCACAGUCCUACCGGUUGUUCUCGUCAACCCUGCCGUCGACCAGGGCCUCCACUCACCUACUGCAGUCCGCCCCUGAUGUGCCCACACCUUUGUCUUCCUCGCCACCACCCUCACUAGUAUCCCUGACGGCAUCUGCCCCUGUCUCGCCGUCUGUCUCACAGACAAUCCUCCCACCUUCAUCCUCUACCCUGGUCCUGCCCAAGGCAAGGGACACUCCUCUGACUUCAGCCUGGACGCCGAUAAUGGCAUCAUCCGUGGCAGUGCUCCCCAGCAGUCAAACGGCAGAUCCUAAGAACCAGAGCAGCCCACACCUUGGGAAGCUCGUUACGGAAUCAAAGCCACAGAGCCUGGAGACUCUGCCCGUGGAGGCCACGGAAACUGUAACAGUGAGGUCUCCUCUGGGGAUCCCUUCGCCCCUGGCCUUAACAGAGUCCUCCACUGAGCAAACCCUUCCAGCCACGAGCACCAGCUUAGCCCAGACGUCUCCAGCUUUGGUAGCUACCACUCUCCAGACCUCUCAUCCCCACGUGACCAGGCCCCAGCCCCCGUCAAGCACAGCAUCUCUGACGGGUGGUCCUACAACAGUACAGACAGUGGCCGGAAAACAGCUCCCGCCAACCAGUCCUGAAAUUCUAGUGGUACGCAUCUCAACAGAAGGUGCCGUCACCACAGAAAGGAACCCAGUGAAUAGAGAUGCUGCCACCGGAUCGAUCCCCCUGACCAGUGCGCCCACAUCAGCAAAAGAAUGGACCACGGGGCUUGGCCCUACAGAAGAGCACAGCCUGGCUUCACAUUUCCUCAGAACAUCUCCUUCCCCCCAAAGCACACCUGUUUCUACAGCUAAGGUGUUGACAUCUACAUCGACCACCCUCACUGCUCAGAGCAGCACCCAGUCGUCCACGGCACUGUCAUCUCCAGCCUCAGUUAACAGCUGUGCCGCUAACCCUUGUCUUCAUGAUGGGAAAUGCGUUGUGGACCCCACCAGCCGUGGGUACCAGUGUGUGUGCUCACCUUCCUGGCAAGGAGAUGACUGCAACGUGGAUGUGAAUGAGUGCCUCUCAAACCCCUGCCCACCCCUGGCCGUGUGCAACAAUACUCAGGGAUCCUUCACCUGCAGAUGCCCAGUGGGGUACCAGCUGGAAAAAGGGAUAUGCAAUUUGGUUAGAACCUUCGUGACAGAGUUUAAAUUGAAGAAAAUAUUUCUUAAUACCACCGUGGAAAAACAUUCAGACCUCCGUGAAGUUGAAAAUGAGAUCACCAAAACGUUAAAUGUGUGUUUUUCAACAUUACCUGGUUAUACCCGAUCCACAGUUCAUGCUUCUAGGGAGCCCAGUGCGGUGGUGAUGUCACUGCAAACCACCUUUUCCCUCGCCUCCAACGUGACGCUGUUCGACCUGGCCGAUGGGAUGCAGAAAUGUGUCAACUCCUGCAGGGCCUCUGCUGAGGUCUGCCAGCUCUUGGGUUCUCAGAGGCGGAUCUUUAGAGCGGGCAGCUUGUGCAAGCGGAAGACUCCAGAAUGUGACAAGGAGACCUCCAUCUGCACCGAUCUGGACGGGGUCGCGCUGUGCCAGUGCAAGUCUGGCUACUUCCAGUUCAACAAGAUGGACCACUCCUGCCGAGCCUGUGAAGAUGGAUAUAGGCUUGAAAAUGAAACCUGCAUGAGUUGCCCAUUCGGCCUUGGUGGUCUCAACUGUGGAAACC